GCAGAAGAUGAAGAUGGAAUGUGAGGUUGAGACUCUGCUCUAUGCUCACAGGAGGACGAGGGGACAGAGACGAUGCCAUACUGCCCCCUGUUGGUGGUCAGGUCUACUGCAGAGUGAGACGGAGGUUCUCUGAACACUUGGACCAGCUGAUAUCACGGUCAGAGGGAGUGGACAGUCCAGACCCUGGCAGCAAGCCGUCCACUGAUCAGCCAUCUGACCUCCCCAAGAGUAGAGAGCAGUAUACCAAUCAUCCACUAGUGCUCUGUCUCUCAUGAUUCUUGCAGUUAUCAGUCUCUGAAGCAGGAUGGAGCGAGCGUUAUUCAUCUGCAUGGGGAUCGGAGUUUACUGCGUGUUCUGUACUGAGAUGACUCCAUGGAUGAAGAAGCAAUGCAUGAAGACUGCUGACAGUUCAGACUGCAGUGGUUUGGAUCUGCAGUUUAUACCAGAAUACAUCCCAGACUCCAUUAAAACUCUGGAUUUCAGCUUCAACUACCUCCCGACACUAUACAACUCAACCUUCCCAAGACUGAGGAGUCUGGUUUCACUGGAUUUAACAAGAUGCAGCAUCAGUUUCAUAUAUGAGGACGUCUUUCAGUACCAGUUCGACCUCGAGACUCUUUAUUUGGUAGCAAACCCACUGAACUUUAUAUCAGACAGAGCUUUCUCAGGACCUCUGGCCCUAAAAUACCUCGGCCUGGCUGAGUCAGUGAUACGCAACCUCCAGGAGAUCCCGAUUGCUCAUCUUGAAUUCUUGGAGACUUUGGAUCUUAGAGGAAGCGACAUUCAGAACUUAGAUGGUCUGGAAAAUCUUCCGCUGCAACAGAUGAAGAGGCUUCUUCUAGAUAUGAAUGGGAUCGAGAAGAUAAAUACAGCUGACAUUGAGAAACUUCAGAGAACAAGCAGGUUGGAGAUCAGCUUCAAGGGAAACAACCUCAUUGACGUCGAAGCGAAGGCUUUUCAGAACUUGGACGUGGACAUCUUGGAUUUAAGUGGCUGCGUCAACAAAAUGGACAUGUCUGUAGUGCUGAAGGGGUUAGAGGGAGUGAAAACCAACAAGCUUUACUUAGGGGUCUACGAGGACAGCAGCAAGAGCUACAUCACUGACCUUCAGUCUUUCUGUAACAUCUCAGCGGUUGAGGUUAACUUUCAGCUGCAACAUUUCCAAAGCCUCACAAACAUGAGCUUUAGCUGUUUCUCAAGAGUUCAGAAGUUAGAUUUCACCCGAGCUCACCUUUCAGCACUUCCAUCCAGCUCGUCCAACAUGUCCAUGCUGUCUCACCUGGUACUGGAUGAAAAUUUUUUUACUGACAUGUGCCAAAUUAAUGCGGGAAACUUCCCCAUGUUGACGAGUUUAUCCGUGAGUGGAAACGUAAAAGUUCUCAGCUUUAAAGAAAACUGUUUGGAACCUCUGUCCCAUCUGAAGGAGCUACAACUUAGCCAUAGUGGCAUCACUACUGGAGAUUCUUGCUGUAACAAACAACUGACUGGUCUCACAGAGCUAAAAUUCCUAAAUCUCAGCUAUAAUGCACGCAUGAAGUGGGAGCCACUGCCGUUUAACGCCACUCCAAACCUACUGCAUCUCGACCUCGCUCACACCAAAUACGUCCUCAACAACAGCUCACCUUUUACCAGUCUAGAACGUCUUCAAGUUCUUAAUAUUUCAUUCGCAAACUUGAGCCUGCUGGAGCAUGUUCAUAUCCUAAAAGGCCUUAGCCAGCUACGAGUGCUAAAUCUACAAGGGAAUACUAUAAAAGAUGGAGUUCUUGCAAAAACAAACAUCUUCGAUGAAGUUCCUCUACUGGAGAACCUGGUUCUCUCUUCGUGUGGCAUCACAGAAAUCGCUGAAAACGUCUUUAAAGAUCUUCUUCAUCUUAAAACUGUAGACCUCAGCGAAAACCAGCUCGUUAGACUCGGCUUUGUCGAUUUCUACUCGCUGAUCGAGAUCCAGCUGAACUUUGCCGGAAAUAAAAUUACCCUCGUGGACGUUAGAACCGUUAAAGACUUCGGGUCUAACAGUCGUGUGGAUCUGAGCUCUAACCCUUUGGCCUGCAACUGCACUAAUUAUCAGUUUAUCAUGUGGGUUAAAGACAACAUUAGCAAAAUGAAACACAUCGAAAAGACAUUGUGCGAUGCUACAAACGAGAAGAUUAUAGACGUGGAUCUGCAUUGUGUCUUUUCAAACGGAAAAUUAGGGCUGGGCCUCGGGAUUGCAGCAGUGAUCACGAUUCUGAUAGCUCUGUUAUAUUUUGGGUAUAAAAUGCACACAAGAUACAGAGCCUACUCAAGACUGUAGGAGUAAUAUGGUGUCAAACAGUCUGUCGUAGUGUUAGAACACUGACGCAAAUUUUAUUGCAAUAUAUAAAUAUAAAUUGCUAAUUCCCAGUCAACACUGUUUUUAAUUCAAUUAAAUAGUACUGAGAUUUCCAUUAGCUAGCCUAUAGCACCUGUUUUUAGUGAAACGAUGCUCAUUUAUAUUAGCUAGCUUGCUAGUGACUCGUUUCAAUUAAAUUCUACAUAGAUUAACAUGUAUUAGUUUGCUAGGACCUGGUUUUAAUGAAUUUAAAUGGUAGUGUUACAAUAGCUAUCUUGUUCAUUUUUAUUAGUUAAAUGAUGGCUAGACUUAAAUUAACUAGUUUGCUAGUACCUGUUUUUAGCAAAAUUAUACUUAGUUAUAUUUGCUAGCUUGCUAGUGACAUGAUUUUAAUUGUAACGCUAAUUAAAUUCAUUAACUUGCUACUGCCCAUUUUUAGGGAAAUGAUAAUUUUAAAAAAAUAAUAAUAAAAAAAAAAUUAAAUUAAAAAUAAAUAAAUAAAAAUAAAUAAAUAAAAAUACAAAAAUAAAAUAAAAUAAAAUAAAAUAAAAUAAAAUAAAAUAAAAUAAAAUAAAAUAAAAUAAAAUAAAAUAAAUGUGAUGGUGAAGUUAGCUUUUGGAAGUGUUUACCCGAGAACAUACAGUAUUUUUUUUUUUUCCAAACUUGUGCUACUAAUAAACGCACUAAACAGUCUGUUGUGAUACUCUGGUCUAUCUGUAUAUUUGUAUCCUUUCAAU